AUGGCAGAGGCACUCCGAACCAGCGCAAGGAGGCUUGCCGCCCGGAUACCUCUCGUGAGAGGCCGUCUCGCCACUCCUUCAGUAUCUCUAGCCUCGCAUAUACGUUCACAAAGCGGCGCGGAAGGAUUCUCUGAGCGGUGGGGUAGCGAGCUGGACCAAUCGAACGUCCACGAAGGCGCCACGCCUACCGAGGCCGAUUUUUGGGGCGAGGCUGGGGCUACUGGACCCUGGGGCUUCAUCUCAAGCAGGUAUACAAUUGCCCUCAUCGUCAUGGCGGUCCUGAUCAACCGAAUCCAACAUCUCUGUCGUCCACGAAGGAGGCCAGCGGCGCUGAGCCCAGGAGUGCGGCUAUCUCUCAGACUGCCUUCGCUCUUGCUCCUGACUUAUUCUCUUGUACCUCUGGUGCUGCUCACGGUGCACGAGAUGUGGCCAAGCUGGACGCUGCCUUCGCCACCAUACCCUUGGUCUUCAUCAUCCCUCUACGCCCCAUCUGCACCUCGCUCAAGAGACACUUCGAUACUUUGGCAAGUGUUUCUGGCAUCUUGCGCAGCUGUCGUCUCUUCCUCACUUGUGCAUACGCUAGAAGGUGGAUCAAACGUUGGUGGCCUGGGAGGAAUACAUGUUGGCGCCGCGGGUGCCGGAGGCAUUAGACCAGAGGAGGCACCCAGCUUCAAUCUGGUUGGACAUGCAAUCCUACUGCACUUUCACUCGAACAGCAAACACUUUCCACCAGGACCGAAUGUUUUGCUGUGCAUAUUGCUUCAGACCGCUGAGCUUUGGUGUUUGGAGGUGGCGGGAGCUGUCUCUGGCACUCCAAAAAUUCCUCGUCUUUCCAUCACAACCCUUUUCGGCCUUGCUUCGACCGCGCAUUACGUUUUCGCGACCGGCACUGGUGGUUACCCAUUCCUGCAAAGCUUCAACCGCGCGCCGGAUGUAGCCCUGAUCGCGAUCAUUUUGCUGACAGCAUUUCUGCACGCAAUCACCAUGCUAGCGACAGAAGGGUCGAUCGAAAUGCGCCGCUUGCUAUUCACAGAGGCCAAUUUGCCGGGUAGGCACGACGACUACUCGUUGGCACUAUUCAAACUUGGCACAGCUUGUCUAGAGUCGACCCGACUGUCUGGCCUGGCUCGAGAGCUUUCCUCGGUAUCGACGCCGAUGGGCACUUGGCUCGAAAUCGGUUCUGACGGUCAGGCUCACGUCAGUCCGCCUCGAAGCAGAGCAGCUCAAGUGCAAGACUUGCAGUCUGGAGCUUUGACGAGAGUCAGCCCUGCGCAUUCGUCCAGUAGAAGUGGCCUGAACCGCGAGAUCAGAAUCGUUCGCGUAGCGAGAGAAGAAUCCCACAGCGGAGCCGGUGUGCUGGCAGGUGGAGCUCGAUGGUCAGCAGCGAAGGACUUCUUGCUCACCUUCGUCGUCUUGAUCAUCAACGUGGUGCGUCUGGCGUCUUCGAAGGUCGUCGGCGUGUUACCAUUCAGCCUUCCCGCAACACCUCCCUACGCACGCGACCUGCCUCGCAAGAUUAGAUUGCUUUGGCACGGGACGUCUGGAGAGGAGAGUCGGCAGCAGAAGCAAGAGGAGCGACGCAAAGCAAAAGCUGCAAUUGCUGAACUCAACGUCUUGCGCGAAAGGCUCGCAAGGGUAGAAGAGAUUCUUGGCACGCCUGCGACGGACGACCUGGCUCGUGCGUUUGAGAGGGUGGAGCACGAGACGGAUCAAGCUCGUGGCAACGCUCAAGUGCUUGCGAAGCUGCUUUCCAAGGUUCAGAAACUGCGACAGCAUGCGGACGAGCUCUUGCGUGCCGUCGGACACGCCCCAACCCCGCAGCUUGCACGGUCUUGCGAGGUGACUCACGCAGAACAAGUACUUCUAAACCCCACACCGCUUGACUGUCUUUGGGAAGCCUUGGGGGCUGGAGCUGGAUACGACGAGGACGAAGAUGAGGACUGGAAGCUGGACUCGGACGACGAUGGUGGGGGCGAAACGACCGAGUCAGAGUCCGAAGGUGGCGGCACCUCGAAGCUGGCGAUGGAUGGCCUCCGCUCGGCGCGGAUUCGAAGAAUUCUAAGCCCUGGUCCAGAAUUCUCAGCCUCAGCAGGGUUCUCUUCUGCGAUGGAAGACGAACGAGAGGACACGCUGGCUCUCGUAGAAGCUGCUAGACACAAUUUCGAGAAUGAACCUCGCGGAGCCACGUCUAGCGUCGCUGGCAACAGCGAAUCCCAGCCUUUUCAGAACGUCUUGAUGGCACACAUGUCCUCGCCGACGGGAGCUGGCGUGCUCACCCGUCGACGUUUCAACCAGCUUACUGGCAGCACGUCUGUUAAUUUAGCUCCUCAGCCCGACGAGAAAGCGUUGCGAGCCACCAUUGAGCGACGCAGGCGUGCGUCUCCAGCUGUCGAGACUGAUAGCGCAAGGACUGCCUGCGUAAUUUGUCUCACUGAACCACGCACAGUGCUACUGCUUCCUUGCCGAUGCGUUGCCUUGUGUAACGGGUGUCGCGAAGAUCUGAGCAGCCGACCUCCAACUCGAAUCGGAAACGACGCCGCUGCUGGGUUUGAUACGGAUGAAUAUCGUCGAAGAGGACCUCCAACGCACACGUGCCCAACCUGCAGAGCGCCCGUCGAGGCAUUCACGCGCAUUUUCGUCCCAUGA